AUGAGAUGUGACUCACUUCCUUUUCGGGACUUCUGUGACGGCAGCACCGCCUCCGAAACCGACGCAGUUCUUGCUCCAAGACUUCACAAUUGUUUUACGCUCGUCCGCUCGUUCGCCCCUGCCCACGACCACCAGCGACGAAGACGACGACGAAUAAAAGUUACCGGUUUCAUAGCUAUGGCUUCAGAGGGGGAGACUAGGGAGAGUGUCCCGCAGGACCUUGUCGCUAUCUUCCACGCAUCGUUCCAUCCGACCAAGGGCAAUAUCGUGGACUGGUCGCUAAAGGCUAGCGAUGAUCUGAGCCUCGACCAACUCGAGUUCAACGCGUUGCCCAGUGGGCUUCACCUCGUGGAGCAGGACGUCGUCUACUUCACGAAAGACAAUCAGCACGGUGUAUGCGUCUUCCGACGGCGCAAAACCGACGAGCACGGUCACCGGGGGUUCCGGCUCAGCUCCUUGGGCGUCCUACUCGCGAAAUCACACCGCCCACGACCAUGGAGACAUGUUGAAGCACUGAAGGUCCUCGUCGACACAAUCUACGCGCGAAUGGAGCGGCAGGGCGUUUCAGAGCCGGCGGAGGGCGACUGGGAUCCGGCGCACGCUUUCUUCGAGGUGCGGAAGCUGCGGCGUGCAGAUCUGGGCGGCUCGGGCGACUGGACUGGAUGGAGUGACGACCUGGAUGGGGCCUACUCAGAGCCCGUUGGCUCCAACCCGACACUGCACCUUCCGCACCUCCUGCGGAUCCUCGGUCCUUCGUCACUCACGCUGUACAAGCACGUCCUCGGUCGGAAGCGGAUACUCAUCUACACGCUACCUCCAGUCGAAGCCGCCUCCCUACUCUGUUACGUUGCGGGGGAUCUCUGCUUCGAGACGCAGGUUGAUGGGUCGAGUUCCAGUUCCAGCGCACGGCUAAAGGGUAAGCACAAGGAUCCAAUAAACGUACUUGGGAUGAUCACGCUCGCGGACUUGGAUAGGCUUGAAAUUGAGAGCCUCACAGGACGGGGCUGGAUUGCUUGUACAACGGACGCGAUAUUCAUGGAAAAACCUUCGUAUUAUGACCUGCUUAUUGACCUUACGACCUCGACCCCUAACAAAGCGACACGGCCCACAUUUUAUGCCUCGAAACUAACCACAUCGCAAGCUGGGAGUUCCAGAGCGCCUCCUUAUCGACUAUCGACGAUCCGAUUUGCAUGGAGCGAUGUGAAGCUUUGGUCCGAAAUCGACCGCAUUCUCGCACUAGACGCCUCGCACGGCCACACGUGCUGCUCUUCGUCUUUCCCUUCUUCCUCGUCCUCUCCAUCAUCGGACACCGCGAAAUCCAAAUCGAUCACAGCAUGGACAGAUGUCUGGCAAGUAUACGAAGAUGUCUGCAUCAUCUGCGCGGGGCUGUGGAUGGGCAUCGGGUCGUGGCGCGGCAACUCGUCUGCGUCCUACUCCACCGCCAAUGGACCAGAGAAUUGGGGCGCGAUACGGUUAGAAGGCGAUGACGAUCUAUCACUACGUGGGAUGGAGGCAUUGGACGGAGAGCGGGACACGGGGAAGGACACAGUGAAAGGCAGCACCGCAUAUGUCCGCAACGUGGGCAUGGGGAUCGAGGGCGGCUUGAGCACGAAAGCCACCCGGCGUGCAAGCGGUAUGUCCUGGUCGAGUGGGCGCGCGACUCUCGUUGGCACUGGCAGCACCGCCGUCGGGGGGAAGGCGCGUCAAGCGUCCAGUUCCACUGCUGCUGGUGCUGGGCCGUCCUCGCCGACACCCUACCAGGAUGUCAUUGCAGAGCAGGAGGAUGAGGAACUGCAAGAAGAAUUGCAAGAGCGUAGGACCAGGCAGGUGCGCACAACACUCGCGGUGCUGCAGACCUUCCAUGCGCACACGGCCUUCCAGCUUUCGGUGCUUGAGGGUUUCUUGGCGCGGUCGGGCGUGUCUCCUUCCUCUGUGCCCACGACAGGAGCUGGCGCGGAGAAGGUCAUUUCGCUGUCACCGAAGGACAUCCUCGCGUUCGAGCUUGGGCCGCUCAGUGGGUUCGAUGCGCGAUAUCUGGAGUGGCUCGCACAAGAGUACGCUCCAGAUGGGGUGAGGAUUGUGUUGAGGAGAGGCUGGAAAGACUUGCUUGGGGCGAUCUUUGGCCUGCCUCGCACAAUCAUCGUCGAAGAGUUGGACCCGUUCAAAACAGCGUUGACUGGAAAAGAUUUCGUCGAGGCGUGGUCAGACACUGUGAAGUGCCAUAGUGUGCUCCACCGUCAGGGUAUCGACAUCGGAGACCCACGUCUCUGGAGCAUUCUUUACGACCCCACCAAACGCAGCACUGUCCUGACCGACUUCGACCUAGGGGACACUCCAAGUUUCUUCCCACCCUACUCGGAUGUCGGAAGGAAUGGACGGCGCUUGAACUUCUACUCGAGAAACACACGAACAUCGCAUUCCGAAGAACCUAUCGUCACGAGCUGGAGGCUGGAAGACCUCGGCAACACACGCGCCUGGUUUUUACCGGGAUACCGCGAGUGCUUCGUAUCUAAAUGGAUCGUCGCAGGUAAACCAACCUUGAUGGUCGUUCAAGAAAGUUUCAAGGCGCAGUUGUGGUUGGGAAGGUGCCUUCUACUCUGGGUAUACAAGAUAUUUGGUGAACGGAAACGUGAAUCGCGAGGGUGGGAGCGGAAAGAUCAACCAGUAUCUGAGCUCUUGGAAGAAGAAGAGGCGCAACUCAUCAAGGACUUGUUCGCGAUUGUCCAGGAGUGGACCGACAGAGGUCACGAUGAUGAAUGCUCGCUGUGA